AUGAGACCCGACGCCGCAACGUUCUCGCCUUUCAUUUGCGCCGACGCGUCCACCAACACUGAUCUCACCGACGACCUCACUGACGGCCAGAGCAUGACUUCUGGUCGAAAACAUGCGACUUCCGACCCUGCUCACCCAACAGAUCUCCUCACCAGCGUCAAAGCCCUCUUGCAGCAAGUUGCCGAGCUGCAUACACGUUGUGAUCGACUGGAGGCGGUGAAGAUCGAGCUCGCCGAGGAACUCCGUGCUGCUGUUCGGAACGAUGUGCCAGCAGAGGAAAUCCCUGCGGCAGCGGAAAACACACUCACCGUCUACGCAUCGUCGGAAUCCACCGAAGCUGAUCCAGAGGUUCCGUCGGAGCUUUCUGAGGUGAACACUCAGCUGCACAUCAUUUCGGAGGUCCUGCAACAGUUCAAUGCCCGUAUCGAUGCCCAGGCUGUGCGGCAGGAAGAAUUCGACAAUCGUUUCGAGAGAAAGGCGCAAGACCAGACCUUUCUCAAGGGCCGCGUUGGCGCUCUCGAGAAGAGUGUAAGGCGAUUUGAAGAAGAAUGCCACACCACCAGCAGCGAUACCAGUAGCUCCUUCUGCAGUGGCAAUGUCCAUUCCACCACAGACAUGAGUCAUCUCUCGAAGGAAGGUAUGCAACAGUUGCAAACGCAAUGGGCAGAGCAUGAGAUCAAAUGCGCCGACCUUCAUGCUCGGGUACUCGAGGCCUGCGAUCUGCUGAAGACACCAAAUGGCCAAACCACUCCCACCCCAAGCGCCGCGAUCGCCUCCAAAGACCUGAACCUGGCCGAGAUACAGAGAUCUAUAGCGAUGAUCCAGGACCGCACUCACAACAACCAAAUCGUAGACGAAGCCGCGACACGCCAUGGCCUGUUUGCCAUGUUCCAUCAAUUGAGUGCUGUCAUGGCCCGCGGCGACGGUGGCACGUGGCGCGAGGGUCCUUUCGAAGUUACAUUCGACGAGGCUUUCCGUUUGCGCGACCGUGUCGUCUGUCGUCUCGCUGUGUUUGAUUAG